AUGGCCUCUCGCCGACGGAUCUCCUUCUGCCGCAACGCCGGAAAGAACCGCGGCGUGGCAUGCUCGACCGUCGUUAUUCCUCCGCUUUGGCCCGCCCUCGUCAAGGCUGCCAUCUCCAAGCUCAAGCUUCCGGCACGGGCGGCGGCCUCGGUUCGCAUCUUUCUUUUCGACUCGGGUGACGAGCUCUUCUCCGAUUCGCCGCAGCGUCACCUUGACGCCGUCCUCGUCGAUGGCUCACUCGUGUGCGUCUCUGCCAACGGCGCCGACUUUAUGCACUCGACAUCAAGUCACCUCGCCCAUGCCCGCUCGCUUGAUCUCCCGCUUCCGCCGCUGGCCGCUACCAACCCGCUGCCGUCUCCCAUCGCCAACCCGUCGCCCGUCGCCAACCCCGAUCCCAAACCCAAGAGCUGCCUCGCCACUUCGCUUCCUCCUCUUUCAGCAUUGGAGCCGUACGCUCUCUCGGGCGCCUACCCCAGCCUUGAAGGCGACGUACGGAGCCGAAUGGCUGCAGCGCUUGCCGGCGCAGACUGCUUCGUCACUCGCGAGAUCGACGUCGCGCCCGACGCUGCCUACAUCGCCUACGACUACAAGAACGUGGCAUCAAUGGCCGAUGCCUUCCCACCGCUUGAUGAUCUCACUGGCUGCAAGCGAAGCGAGCGCGCAGCCGAGGCCUGGCGCCGGGCCGCCCGCCGCGAGGCUCGCGGCCUCAUCGUCGACGCCCGCUCUGGCGCCGUCCUCGCCCGCCGCUUCCACAAGUUCUUCAACAUCGACGAGCUCGCAGAAACCGCUUUUGACCUUGUCGCCGACGCCGUCGCCCGUGCCCUCGCUGACGGCCUCCCAGUCCUGGUCUCCGAAAAGCUCGACGGCUCGCUCGCCUCGCCCAUCGUUCUCGGCUCGACUGUCGUCUGGGCCACCCGCGGCCUGCCUUCGCUGACCGUUGCCGCCCAUGCCGCCGCUGUGCCCGGCUAUGAUGCCGCCGCUCUUCAUGCUGCUGCUGUCCACGGUGUGACCCUGCUCUUCGAGUGGUGCGCUGGCUCGCCGGGCGUCAUCGCCCACCCGCCCUCUACCGCCGCCCUCGUCCUCCUUGCCGCGCGAGACAACGUUUCCGGCGGCUACAUGGAUCGAGAAUGGCUCGAGGACCUGGCUGCGAGCUACAACCUUCCGAUUACCCAGCUGCUCAUGGAUGAUGCUACCGUUCGCUCCUUGGGUGGUCUUUCCGGCGUCAUCGAUGCUCUCGCCCCGCUUGUCGGCACCGAAGGCGGUGUCCUCACCAUCGGCACCGGUACUCGCGCGGCGCUGUAUAAGAUCAAAACCGAGUGGUACGUCGCCCUCGCGCGUGCUGCCAAGCGCGGCGGCGGCAAGCCGUGCUUGCUCCUUGCCGAGCUGCUCAAGCUCCGCCCGACCCUCAUCGGCGCGCCGGCUGCCGCCCUCUGGGCCUCGGCCAUCGACGCCGCUCACGCACCCGACGAUACCCUUGCUCUCCUGGCCAGCCUCUUGCGCCGCAGUCAUCUCGACACCGCAGAGCGUGCCAGGCAGCGCGCGGUGCUCGAGCGUUUCUUUGCCCUUGCAGCUUCCCGUCUCGCCGCUCUUAAUGCUGCCUGGAUCGCCUGGGCUGCCGCCGUCUCGCCACGCAUUGGCAGCGCAAAGGCCAACAUGCGCGCGGCGCUUGCAGCAGGCCGCGCCUCAGCCCUUGCUCCAUCCGAGACCAUGGUUGCCGCCUACAUCAAGGGCGAUGCCAUUCGCGGCUUUGAUCUCCUCUGUGCAUCGCUCGCCUCGGCCCCGGUCGAUGACCUCGAGUCCUGGCUCGGGCUGGCCUGGGACGCCUCUUUGGCCAUGCUCGCCGCCUCGGAUCGGGCAUUCUUCGAGCCUGGACCGAGUGCCACCGCAUCGUUGGCCGCUACCACCGCAGACCUUACCUUUGUAUCCGCGGCCGAUCUCUUGCCGUCUAGCCUUGUCCCCAUCUCCCGCAGGACCCGCAAGCACCUGCUCAACACCUACCUUCCACGCAAGAUCGCUGCCUACCUCGGCCUUCCGGUCCGGUCCGUCGGCGACGCCACGCGUCUCGCUGUCGAGCCGGGCUACGCCCCGUCGACUGGUGCCAUCAAGGGCCUCUGGGAAAAGUACUGCAAGGACGGCUCGCGCGAGCUCCGAAUCGAUCUCCUCCCGCCCGCUGCUGCCGUCUCGGCCUUCUCGGGCUCGGCUGCUCUCGCCCACUGGCGCGUCUGCGCCACCGACGCCGCAUCAGGUGCUACUCGUGCCAUCGCUGCCUGCCUUGUCCCGGUUGGCUCUUCCAUCACUCUCCGCCAGCUCACCACCGGUAUCGAGGCAUCCAUCGACCGCGGAGUUGCUAUCCGACUCGCUCUCAAUUCGCUCGCCAUCAGGCCCCCACCGGUCUUCUGCGACCUCGACGGCGUACUCGCUGACUUUGAGGCUGGCGUCCGUGCCCUCUCGCGCGGCAUGAGCUCGGCAGAGCUCGGUCCGGCCAAGAUGUGGAAACUCAUCGGCUCGAGCGCGGGCUUUUUUGGCUCACUCGCUCUGACAGACGGCGCUGCCAUCCUGUGGAAGUCCCUUCUCGACCUGCGUGCUGCCGGUGCCAUCGCUUCGCUCCACAUCCUCACUGCUGUGCCUCACGGCAAAAUCGGGAAGCAGGCCCGCAAGAAAAAGCGAGCCUGGUGCAAGGCCCAUCUCGGCCUACCCGCUGACCGUGUGCUCUUUGCUGAGGAUUCGGACAAGUCUCCGUUUGCGAUCCCUGGCGCCGUCCUCAUCGAUGACUCGCUCAAGCAUCGCACCCCUGGAUCGCCCGCGGCGGGCCCGCUUGUUCUAGGCCUUGCCCUCGAGACACCCAACGCCCCGCCCCGCUCCUGGGCCAUCGACCUCCUCACCUUUACCCUUCUUCCGCCCGACCUCGUCGCCGCUCUCUGCAGCCUCAUCACUGACUCGCCGCACCUCGUCAAGGCCAGCUGCAAUCUCGGCACAGUCAUCACGCGAAUGGCUGCCACGCCCGGACUUGACAUCCGUGUCAUCACUGCAGGCCGCGACAUUGACGCCGCUCUGGCCACCCUGCCCGACUCUGCUCCGCUUCGCGCGUUUUGCGCGCCCGACGCCCAUGACGAUCUGGACUGGUGCGCCCGUGUGAUCACUGCUCUGCCACUGCCGACCGACGCUGCUGUCAUCUACACAGCGAUCUUUGUCUCGGAGAAGGACGCGGACGCCCUGUGGCAUGCGGCGCUUCUUGGCCUUGGCCUCAGCCCUGACGCGAGCAGCUGUAAUCUUCUUCGCCCGCUCGCUCCGCCGCACAUCACCCUUGCUCACCGCCCCGCUAACGAUCUCCUCGCCGAGCUCAUUCCACUCACCGGCGCCUCCAUUGAGUUUGCGGCUGCGUCGUUUGCCUAUGUACCGGACGCUGGCCUUGUUGCCCUCGUCGACCUGCCUGCUCGCAUGCCGCUUGCGCACGGCCAGGUUGCCCAUCUCACACUCGGUAUGGCUUCGGGAAGAGCGCCAGCGAUCGGGCUUGACGUUGCUGGUUGCGCUGGUGCACAGCGCGCAGACGUUCCACCAACCCUUGCGAGACUCGUCGGCCAUGUCGGGCACACAAUCACUGGCAGCGACACGCACCAUGCCGGCGCAGUGCCGGCCAGCCUUUCAUGGCAUGCACUCUCUGACGCCAUCGCUUCCAUCGGCCUUCCUACGCGCCUCCGCCGUGAUCUUGCCACGCUUCUCGAGGCCGGCCUUCCGGGCGAGAAACUCAAACUCAAGGCCGGCACCACCACAGCCGACCAGCGCAAGAUCAUUCACGAGCUUGCGGAAAGCUACGGCUUCUCUACGCACGCCGAAGGCAAGAAGGCCUCGCGUAAGCUCACGGUCACCAUCACGCGACCGUACGCGGCCUGGCGCGACGAUGCCGGGAAAGCACCACCGGCACCGUCGCCGCUCCAUGUGGCCACUCCAUCUCACGUCAUCGAACAUGUGCUGGAUCCUCUGGGCAAGGCCACGCGCAAAGUUCUCCUCGUCCGCGGCUUGCCCGGUACCGGCAAGUCGACGCUCAUCACCGAGAUCGUAGCUCAGCUCGGACGUGCCGGCGACGAGAUUUCGGUCGUCUCGGCAGAUGCUUACUUUGAGGCCGGUGCCGGCAAGCUGACCGCCAAGAAGCGCAAGGGCAUGCUGCCUCACGAGGUCUACGCCGCCGUCUUUGACACCAGCCUCCUCCCACUCGCCCACGCCGCGUGCCAGACAGCCUUUAAUGAUGCUCUUGCCACCGACGUCGGCUUGGUCAUUGUCGACAACACAUCGGUCACGCUUGCAAGCCUGGCGCCCUACCUAGAUUCGGCCACCAAGGCCGGCUACGCCGUCGGCAUCCUCGAGCUGGUCACUACCGGCGCCGAUCUCGCGCGUCUUCGUUCCCGCGGCGUCCACAAUCUUCCCAUGUCUGCGCUCGUCUCCAUGCUUGCCGCCUUUGAGCCGAGCCCGUCAGCAGUCUGCAUGCGCCCGCCUGGCCUUGACGACCUCAACGCCAGCGAGUAA